AUGAGCUGUUUUGGAAGGCGUCAGAACGGGAACCGCGUAGAUAAUGCAGAGGUAUGUGUUCUUAAUUCUUUUCUUUCCUUAAGCAGGCUCGAUAUUUUUUCAGUAUCUGCAGAAUUUUGUAUUCCACAUCGAUGAAAACAGACACAACCUACUCUUUUAUUUGUUUUGGUUCUUUGUUUGCUUUAUUUGUUUGUUUGUUUAAUCAUUACUUUUUCGAACCUUCUUUUUGCUUUUACGCUUCUGCGGGGCUGUUGUGUAAACAAAUUUAUUCUUGAUUUUUUAGUUGUUUUUGAAACCCGCAAAAAUCCAGAGAAAUAUCAUUCAUCAACUCUGGAGCCCUGUCAGCCAGAGCAAUACUGGGCUUUUAGAGAGGGUUCCAAACAAUGACAAAGUAGCCUGCGGUGGAAGUUUUAGCAGGGAGGGGGGGAGGGGGGUAGUAAAUAAUUCUGUUUAUUUAAAGAGUAACGUGAGCCGCAGUUCAGGCCAGAAGUCCAUGACACAAAAAGCGUAGCAAUGUUACUGUAUGCAUCUUUGACAUUUCUUGCCACAUCCCUCUUAUCUGAUGAUAAUCAUAUUAGUUGAUAUUUACUCCAGAAAUACCAAAUACCAAAGAAAUACUAAUUUUGGGGGUUUUGAGAAACCUUGUCUAGAGUUUUGCAUAUUUAGCUUGAAAAUGGUCAUUUUGAUACUCAGAGCUCUCUUCUAGGGGGAUAAAUAUGAUGGGCAUGUGCAAUAGCAUUGACGGCAAUCAUUCAAAUAAUUAUGUUAUGUUGUGUUUUGUUGUGUUCAGUUCGGCUCUGUUAAGUUUUUUUGAGUUGUAAUGUUGUUUUGCUGUGUUGUAUAGUGUCGUGUUGAGUCGAGCUGAGUUAAUUUGUUAUAUUCCUACUAUCGUGUUGUUGUGUUCAGCUGUGUUGUUUUCUUUCGUAUAGUGUUGAUUUUCUGUUCUGUUUUGUUGCUACGUUUUAUUGAAUUUUUUUUAGUAGCAUCAAUCUCUUAUUUCCACCCCCCUCUCCCCCCUCACAAAGACAAAGUCUCUAGCAAACAUCAAUAAAUUAUCACGUUCAGUGGAAAAUUGUAAAAUUUAUUAUUUAAAAGAAAAAUGGACACUGAGUUGUACAUUAAGAUCUUAAUUGUGCAAGCUAAUUUCCUUCAUUGUUUUUUUGCUUGUUUUACUCUUUUUUUUUUUACUUCAGUGAAAGAAGGAACCUAUGAAAUUGUGAAUGGAAUUGUGAACGGUUUGCCCAUAAUGGUUUAAAUCACCUAUGUGCAACUGAUUUUCGUCAGAUGUUAGCCUUAUUCAAGGAAGGCUUCAGAAAUUUUAGUGCCAGCUACAAGGAUAUGAUUCAGUAAAUAAAAAAAUAAUACCAGAAAGAUCAUAGUUAAGUGCUUUAUUGAUCAUAAAAUAUGAAGAGAUUUUAUAAAUUAGGUGCGUUUUAUCUGCACAAGUACCUGAAUCCUUUGCUUAUUCCUUUUCAAUCGCCAGAUAAAAUAUUGUAAUCCCAGAACCCAGAACAUUCGCCUGGUUCUGCGAACAGUUUUUUAUGUUUAAAUUGAUGACAGAUUUCAGAUUUUAGAUUCAAACUCUGUUUAAUGCGUUCAUUGUCCAAAUGUUCUCAUGGCAUAUACACUUAGAAAAGGGAAUAACGAUAAUAGCUUUCUUUUUUACAUGUUUUUAAAGUAACAUUCAUGAAAAAUUUUCAACCCCCAAAAAUUUAUUAUUUGGGUACUUCAGUCCUUUUUCUGCAACACUGAGAGCAAAAAGUAUUGUGGUUAUUGCUUGAGCACUAAAGAAGCAGGCGUUAGAAAUACAAAGGUUGAAUAGGAACAGUGUUUUGUUCCAGUAAGAGUAAUUUGCGUUUAUGCUAAAAUUAGGAUUCAUAUGAAAUCAAGACUCCUCCCUCUACUCUCGCAUUCUCCCUCGUACUCUACAGACCCACAAAAUCUAGUUUCGGCCUAGGUUCAAAUACAUUGAUUUCCCUCUUUUCAACAACUUGUUUUCGUUUUUUGUUUGUUUGUUUGUUUGGUCUGUUCUUUCUUGUUUUUGUUUCCCUUUUUGGGGGGGGGGGGGGGUGUUGACGGUUGGGGGCUUAUUUUAUGUUGUUGUUGUUGUUUUUUUAUUUGGUAUCUUUGUUUGUUUUAAUCUUUUUUUAAUCCUGGCACUCGUUUGAAGCGAUAUAGCGGUGUUUCCUUGAUCAAGCGUUUGACUAAGAAAAAAAUAAAAGUAAAAUAAAAAUACAUAUGGGUUGAUUCUUAAAAAAACAGCCAAGUGCUCCUUCCAGCACAUCAUUUACAAGGAAUGCUAAUCCGUCUCAGGUUAUCCCUUUCAUUUGGUGGUUCUCUGAAAGGAAAGAAGAACCUGGAGAGUUUACUAUAAGAAUAUAAGAAGGUCUGAGGUUGAAUUCCUUAUGGAGACCACCUCUCUCUCAACUCGAUUUUGCUCUACUGUUCUGAUGUAAUCUUUAAAUUUUUAGACUCCAGGAAUAGUCAGCAUCCAUGUGACAUAGCCGGUAGCCUUUCCUUUCCUUUCGUUUCUUUUCCUCUUGUUUCUUUUCGUUUUCUUUCCUUCCGUUUCGUUUCGUUUCGUUUCGUUUGUUCUUCCCUACAUUAAGUCAAGUCAGUCACAUCUCUCUGGUAGCAUGCAGUUUAAACACUUAAGUAAACCGGAAGGCAUGGUAAGAACAAUAAUAAUUUGACAAAAUGACCCUUUUGAUCAACCUGCGGCUCCUUCUCAGAGGAAGAAAAAGAUCUUCAAUCUUACCUCUUCCCAUCAACGCAGCCAUGCAAUAAGUAUAGGUAAGAAAAUGAUCUCGAAUGAAUUUGGUGUCGAUAAGCACGGGUAAAUUUUUCAAAGAUAACAAAAUCGCACGAGCCCGUAGGGCAAGUGCAAUUCGUAGUCUUUGGAAAGUUUACAGGGGCUUAUUACACCAAAUUGCAAGAGAAAUCAUAUUAUUACUUGUUAAUAAUGUAUAUGAAAAAAAAAAUCACAAGAAGUCAAGACAGACGAUACUUUGACAGCGUGCUCUCGCUAUUUGUAAUUCGCACUCGUGUUACAAACUAGUCGGCACUCGUGUUAUGGAUUUGUACUCGUGUUACCUUAGAAUGCACUCGUUUUCAGCCAAUCAGAAGCGUGUAGUUUUUUUCAUGUACAUUAUUAAAGAGCAAAUAAGCACAUCCUGCAUCGUUAUACUAAGCUGAUUAUAUCUGCUACCUUUUCAGGCUAAAGAGAAGGAGACCCGAGCACCACCUAAUAUUUCAAUUUCGGGAGGCCAACAUACGUUUCAUCUGCACAUGAAUGAGUUGGCUGACUCGAACUCGCCUUCAAAGCCCCAUCCACUUUGGGUAAGUGCUACUUAUCGGUUUUGGAGCGCAGUUAGCAACAAAAAUGGUGGUGUUAUGAAGAGGAGUCCCAGUGAAAACAUAGUGAUUUGUGAUGGAACUUUUGAGGAGGCUGAUCAUAGUAAGUAAACAGUUAAAUGCAGUGAUAUAAACAAUAGCCUCAAUGGCCGUGAAAAUAAGCUUUAGCAACAUCGGCGUCGCGAAAUUGUUUGACCCGAUGAGGAGAGCAUGAUGGAAGGGAAGGUUGCCUUCCAUCUCUCAUUGAAGCUCUUUCUAAUAACGAUAAAAAUUUACCUCUGCAAGGAUUUUAAGUCAUUGUAGCAAAUGAAGUUAAUACGUUUUAUGUAAUUUCCUAUUAGCUGAUGAUCACUUUGGCGGAAGUUCGUACCCGUCUUUGUAGUAAACUACAUUUACAUCAGGGCGCUGGAUUUUAAUACUCACUUCUCGUAGAGCUAUUGAUAUCCUCUUCGAAAUUAAGAUAAACUUGAAAGAAUUUGAGUCAACUUGACUUAAGCCGCUUUGAUACGUAUGAAUUUUUGCCUUUUUUGUGCUUAAAUGUCUUCUGAUUGAUUCUACAACUUAAGAAAAUAUCAAACGAAGUCCAUUAACAUGCAACUCAAACUUAUCAAACACAAUACAUCGUGAACAACCUGCGACCGCAAGCUCUAACGAGGAUAUUGAGCUCUGAACCAUGAAAUAGAACCGGUUGUUGCAUUAGUUUUUAUGAGGAGUAUUCCAAAACGGUCUUUUUUCUUUCGAUAUCUCCUCAUUGCUGAAGUCAAUAGUGAUAACUGGUUCUCCUUAAAUCCUUAUCAUAGCUAACAUACUGGUCAUUGAUGUGAAAAGCAAGUCACAGAAUAAUAGCAAUGCUGUGGCCCUUCUAUUCACGGACACAAAGCUAAACAAGCAGUAUGCAAUGAAAGGAAUUGGAUGCGGACAAGAAAUCCGAACCGAAGUAAGGAGUUAUCUCAUUCAUACAAUUCAACUUUCAUUCAUUCAUUUUAGCUUCACUCAUUCAAUUAUCCAUUCAUAAUUAAUUAUGCCCACUUCCUCACCCGCUCAUUCACUCGUUGAUGAAUUUAUUCAGUCAGUCAUUCGAUCUGUCCGUCAUUAAUUGCUUAAUCAAAAUUAUUUCUAAUUCAAAGAUACUUUCCGUUUUGCAAGGAAAUUUCUUCGCUUAAUGUCGAAAGCGAUAUCUUUUUGCCUGAGUAUUUCUGGAGCUACACCAUGCUCAAACACGACAAAACCGGCUGCUAUGUGGGAUCUGACCACACUGGAAAAGUGACUUUGAUGGAAAAUUCAAAGCCCGAAUAUCCUAACGCUGAGAUUCUGUUCAUCGCCAAUGCACCUUAAACUGAUUUACACAGCAGAAGAAUGGUGGGUGUUCCGAGUGAAGUCAGCUCACUAUUUGACUAUUUUGAUCCACCUGUGAAGCAUAAACCCAUAAACAUGUUUUCCGUAGCAAAUAUGUAUCUGAUAAAUAUUAAUCAAGAGACAGCAGUUCACGUUCACCUGCUUUGAUAACGUUUUAUCUUCCGUCAUUUUCUUCAUGCCAUAUUCGAUUUUGUUAUUAAGAUGAUAUCAUCAUUUAGAUAUAAAAAUUUCAGGAAAGGAGAUAAAGCACUUAAAUAUUAAACGAGACUACCGUCUACGUUCGUUAAUUUGUUUUUAAUCAAGUAAAAAAAUUACUCUUAUCACAAAUAGUAUUCAAGAAUUGUUAUUUCUGGCUUGUUUCUGAGACAAAUGGUGUCGAAUUAAUCCAUUGGUCGCUUCAGCUGUCAACACUUGGUUAUUUCUUUGUUAAAGCAACCACAGAUGGCCCAAGCUCACGUCUCGAGAAAAAGCAAACGAUUAAUUCAUGAAAGCGUCACGCGUUGUGUGACUCGGUGUUAACUUACUAAAAGAACCGUUGAGAAUUUGAACAAGUGAGACUUGAGCUUGGGCUGCCUGUGAAACAACCUGUGGUCAGAUUCUCUAAUCAAAAAUAGAGUGUGGCCCCGUCUUUGUGUUGAUACUGGUACCCAACCCGUCUCCGAAUCUGGGAGAACCGUGACGGACUGAAGUCCAGUCUAAACAUGACGUUAAUUCAAAAUUUGUCUUAGUGCAGUAAAUCUGCAAAUGCCAAUUUAUUUCUCAUCAUCAAACACCCUUAAAAGCCUCUGAGGCUGAAUAAUUAUAAGUUAGAAACAAACUUUACAAGGCAUUCAUUAAUCAUUCGGCAAAAUGACAGCUGCUUUUUUUUUUAAUAUGGGAAACGUCGAUGUCAUCCAGAACAAAAGAUGUAUCUUUGACAGUAACGUUCCUUAUCAUAUUUAUUUUGUGUAUGGUGCAGGUAUGUAG